UAAAUAAGCUGUUAACAAAGGGCAAAAGCUUCAGUUUCCAAAUUAUAUAUCCAAUCAGUUGCAUUAGAGGAAAUCAAUCAAAUCAUCUUAUACACACAAGAAGAUUAAAGCAAUGGAAUUCACCAGUUUAGUUGAUACUUCUUUGGAUCUCAGCUUCAGACCUCUUCGAGUUCCUGAUGAUAUACCGAAACAAGAAGUUGAGAGUAAUUUCAUUGGGCUUGGAAGAGAUCUCAUGCCUGACAAAGAUGAUCAGGCAGGUGAUUUGUUGGAGGAACUAAAUAGAGUAAGUGCUGAAAACAAGAAACUGACUGAGAUGUUAACAGUUAUGUGCCAGAAUUACAAUGCAUUGAGAAACCAAUUGACUGAAUAUUUGAACAAGCAAAACAGUACUACUAGUACUGCAGCUGAUAAUAAUCAUGAUCAUCAUAGCGAUGGAUCGAAAAAAAGAAAAGUCGAAAACAACAACAAUGAAAUUGUGAAAUCAGUUCAAGGAUUACACUCAGAGAGCAGCUCAAGUGAUGAAGAUUCAUCUAACAAGAAACCAAGAGAACAACACAUUAAAACUAACACUUGUAGAGUUUAUGUCAAAACCGAAGCAUCUGAUACUUCUCUUAUUGUGAAGGAUGGAUAUCAGUGGAGGAAAUAUGGUCAGAAAGUAACAAGAGAUAACCCAUCUCCCAGAGCUUAUUUCAAAUGCUCUUUUGCUCCUACCUGCCCAGUCAAAAAAAAGGUGCAAAGAAGUGUGGAAGACCAAUCGAUUCUAGUAGCGACAUAUGAAGGAGAACACAACCAUUCCAAAAUGGAUGGUUCAGGCCCCGUUACAACUUCCCCGUCUAGCCGAUUAAACCCGAAAAAUACUCUUGUGGGUGCUAAUACUACUACUGUCAUGCCAUGCUCCAGUACUAGUAUCAUCAACACACCAUCAGGACCAACCUUAACAUUGGAUCUUACACAACCAAAAAAAUUACAAAAUGACCAAAAGAAAGUGAACAGCAAUACUAGUACUAGUAAUGCAAGUGGUCAAAAAAGCAAAUCACCAGGAGGACAUGAUCAUCAUCAGCAAAAUAGACCAGAGUUUCAACAGUUGUUUAUAGAUCAAAUGGCUUCUUCAUUGACUAAAGAUCCAAGUUUUCAAGCAGCCUUAGCCGCUGCCAUAUCGGGAAAAUUCUUACAAAAUAAUCAUACAGACAAAUAAAUGAUGAUUAUAAUCAAACUGUGAACUUCAUUGUUAAUGAGCUGUUCAAUGUUUUUCAAGUUGACACAUUUGAGAAAUGUUCCAGAAAAAGAUAUAUAGCCACUAGGAUAUGUUGUCAAGAUGUAAAUAAUGUUCAUUUUUGGUGAACGGUACGUAGGUUGGACUAGGAAGUGCACGUGGAAAUGGAAUGGGCUAAUUUUCUAUGGCAGCCUAAAUUGGUUAGGUCUCAAUUUGUGCCUAUGAGUCUCACAAGAUUGUGACUUGGGUGGCCUUAAAUUGUUGAAUUUGCUCAUUUAUGCAAUUUGCGAAAAUAAAUACUUAUAAUAGUAGAUUUUUGGUCUGUCCG